AUGGCGAUUUCUGGACAAUACUCGCCAGCAGCUCCACUGCAGGCGUGCGAUCAACUAGAUGAUAACAAGCUGUUGGCUCGUAUGAAGGAUGGUGGCCUAUACGCUGAAAUAUAUAUGGCUCCAGAUAUUCAAACUGCAGCUGAAAAAUUUCCAAAUCUCAAUGAUCCAUCACGAAGGAAAACCUCAUCACGAACGCAUCAUACGCACUCGGAAUCUAAUACUUGGUGGCAUGAAGAAGAGUGGAAUGUGGAACAGCAUUGGCGAGGAGACCGGACGCCUCGAUGGGGUGUUCAAUCACGGAAAUUUCUUGAUCAGAUACCUUCGGAUGUUAGAGUUGAAUUAAUUGCCAACAAUGCCUCAGCAGUUAGCUCAUUUCCAUCGGAUUUCGGCCAUACAACUUAUUCGAAUAGGAGGAAGCCACCCAAUGACAAAUCUUUGACCAGCACUCAACGCCGAUAUAAUCAUGCACCUUGGGAAAUUGAAUCAGAAAACCUUGCUAAGAAUCCUGAAGGGCAAUAUCAAGAAUCGGCUUCGAUAGGACAAGAGGAGAUCGUGCACGAAAGAGUAGCGCAGAAAGAACGGAAGCGACGCAAUUUGCAAGACGGACGAGCGCUGAAGACACUCAAUUCGGGUACUGCAAAAGGAGUGAUUGGUACGACUGUAGCGUUGGAAUGUGACGACGAACCAUUNGAAAGCAAUACAGACUCAACACGAGGAUACCGUAUGUGUCAAACUUGCCAUGCUAUACGACAGUUACCUGACGGUUACUUUCCACGAGUGCUGAAUGAAGUGAUCUGCGCUGAAGACCUAUGUCUACGUGGUGAAGGCACUUGCCGGCAGCGGUUUCUUCCAUUUAGAGUAAAAUUUCAUGCUAAAUCAGAGUUUCAACAAUUCGAAAUACUGAAAAAUUUCGGUAACAAAUCGUGCGGCAGAUGGGAAGAGAUUAGCAUUGAAUUAAGAACUUGUUGUGAUUGUAUCGUACAUCCACAAUCACCUUUCGUUAAAUACGUUGAUUGA